AUGGGUAUCAAGCAUCUCUUCGGGGGCUCCAAGAGCCCCAAGCCAUCGCCCGACGACGUGUUCGCGCAGUAUGACCUGCCGCCAGUCGGCUACAUUGCCAAGCUGGAGCAGGCCACUGCCCGUCUCGAGAAUGCCACCACGUCCGAGGAGGCGAUCGCCAUCGUGCGGGCGUACAUCCAGCCCAAGGUCGAGGAGAAGGGCAUGCAGCCCCUUGUUGCCCUCGACAGCCUGGACUCGGAGGUGCCCGAAUGGCGCAGCGAGAUCCAGAUUGUACGCGAAGCGUUUGGCCUGAACCGUGGUGGCAAGAAGGGCGGCUGGGGUUCCGGAGCAGUGGGCGGGCUGGGGGUCAGCGCGGGUGGCGCGUGA